AUGUGGUCCAGAAUCGUCAAAAUCUUCUGCCCUGCCGCCGCCGACGCGGGCGACAACGCCGUGGGAAUGAUUGUUCUGCAAAUCCUUCGCCUUUGCACCGUCGUCACUCUCGCCACAAUGGGUGUAGCGUACUGGGUUUUUAUCCUCAACGUGGAAAAAUCCCGAGCCUACUUUGCGUUUGAGUGCGCCUCACUCUUCUUCAACUCCAUCAUCUGCUUCAUCCUCCUUCUGUCCGAGUUCCCCGUGUUGAAAUCAAUUAAAGGUUACUUCCUAUCAUCUUGGCCAGUCCUGUCCGACAUGCACGGCGUAGCAUGGCUGGGAGGUAUUAUGCUCCUGCUGGGGUGCAACAUCUUCGGUAACCUCAACAGGCCGGCCCAGGAUGCCGAGAAACUCGCGCCCCCUCUUGUCAAGCUUACCCUUGCGGCUGGCGUUCUUGCCUUCAUCUUUGGCGUUCUGAACAUUGUGUGCUCCUUUGUGUGGCGAAAUGGAAAACAAGGCAUUACCUCUCGCGAUGUCCGUGCCAACGGCGCCCUGGCCAGAGGCCGUCGACAUUCUCUACCAGACUACGCCUCCGGUUCCAUGUCCGGUUGCGAAAAACAAGACGCAAAAACCGUGGCCAGCAGCUACUGGGAUAAGGCCAGGAAUAUGGUUAAGAAAAAGGGGUCCGCCCGGCCUGCCAUCAGCGGCCCCGUCGUCGAUGUUGAAAGCGGUCUCGGUGAAAAGGCUCGAUUUAGUCCCGUCGCCCCUGGGAUUCAACGACCUGACACAGCCAUGCACCCGAUCAACUUGAACACAAACUCUGGGAGCAGCAGUCGAUAUUCCGAUCCCGACUUGAAUCGCUUCUGA